CACAGCGCUUGCGUAAUGUCAUAGUUUUCUUCCCUCUGUAAAUCACUCUUCAUAUUCAUAUUUGCUUUUAUAGCGCUGACCAGCGGUUCCAUUUCUCCUUUUUCUCAGCUCCCCAUAAUUUUCUUUGUGAAGCCUUAUUUUAUUUUCUGAUGGCGGUGAAGACUAAUGAAAGUAUUGUGCCAGAGGAAUUGAUGAAAUUGCUUCUAAAUUUAGCUACAAAAUGGGGGGAUGUAUUGGAUCUAAAGACAUUGAAAGUUCACCAUUUGAGUGGUGCCUUGACUAAUGAGGUUUAUCGGAUAAGUUGGCCUACCAAGAACAACGAAAAUGUGUCGAGGAAAGUCUUGGUUCGUAUGUAUGGUGAAGGAGUAGAGCGUUUCUUCAAUAGGGAUGAGGAGAUUAGAACUUUUGAGUGCUUGUCAAAGAAAGGUCAAGGACCUAAACUUCUUGGUCAGUUUCCAAAUGGUAGAGUUGAGGAGUUCAUUCAUUCAAGGACAUUAUCUGCUGAUGAUCUUCGUGAUCCGGAGAUAUCUGCUUCAAUAGCUGCUAAACUGAGGGAGUUUCAUAACCUUGACAUGCCUGGUUUAAAGAAUGCUCAUCUCUGGGAUCGUCUCAGAAACUGGCUAAAUGAGGCAAAGGGGCUGUGCUCUCCUGAACAUCUGAAGGAGUUCUCCUUAGGUAAUCUAGAAAAGGAAAUCAACUUAUUGGAAAAGGAACUGUCAAAAGAGUCUCAAGAGAUUGGCUUUUGCCACAAUGAUAUGCAGUAUGGUAAUAUAAUGAUUGACGAAAAUACGAGGGCCAUUACUAUCAUCGACUACGAGUAUGCUGGUUACAAUCCAAUUACUUAUGACUUUGCAAAUCACUUCUGCGAAAUGACAGCAAAUUAUCAUACUGAUACACCUCAUAUCAUGCAUUUCAAUACUUACCCUGAUAUAGAAGAGCGACAUCGGUUUAUACGUGCAUAUCUCAGCUCUUCAGGCCAUCAACCAAGUGAUGAGAAAGUAAAGAAGCUCGCUGACGAAGCAGAGAAGUAUACGCUUGCAAAUCACUUAUUCUGGGGAUUGUGGGGAGUCAUCUCGGCAUAUGUUAACAAUAUCGAGUUUGAUUACAUGGAGUACGCGAGGGGAAGAUUCGAGCAGUAUUGGUUGAGAAAGCCCGAACUCUUGGGUGCCACAGACAACUUGUCCCAUGUAAAUGGUUCAGCUGAAGCAAAAACAGAUUCUCCACUAUUGGUUGAUGUCAAAACAUGUACAUUAACAGUAUAGAUGUGUGCCUUCAUUGUAAACAGGCCUAUGUCGUAUAAUGAGUGGAGCAUUUAGAAUCUUGGAUGUUUCAUAGAAUAUGUUGAUAGGCUAUUAUUGAGGUAAGUAUCUGUUGUAUUGCCAGUGAGAGUGUUCUCGCAAACUAUAUUGCCCAGUUCAAUAAAUUCAAAUUUUCAUUCUCAA